GCGGCCGCGCUCCCUCCCGCCGCCGCGAUGCCGCGGUGCCGCGGUGCCGAGCCGGGAGCUGCCCAGGUGCCGAAGGACGCCUGAGGCCUGGUGCCAGCAGGCGGCUGCCAUGCGAGGCUGUGCCCCUGCCCUUGCUGCUCUACCCACCGUCCCUGCUGCGUGCCCGGCGCGGCACCGCUCCGCUCGCCAUGGGAGGAUGCUUCUCCAAGCCCAAGCCAGUUGAAGUGAAAAUUGAGGUUGUGAUACCUGAGAAGGAGAGAAGCAAGGAGGAGAUGUCACCCAACGGGAAAGCCAGCCCAUUGGUUUACAAAGUCAAUGGGACCGCCCGGCAUUACCAUCUCGAGGAGCAUCCCAUUGCCAGCAAUCCCUACCACAACCCAAAGGACGUGGUGGAAGCAUCUGUGUGCCAUGUGAAGGACCUGGAGAAUGGACAGAUGCGUGAGGUGGACCUGGGCUGUGGGAAGGCACUGCUGAUCAAGGAGGGUGGCGAGUUCUAUGCCAUGGGACACAAAUGCCCCCACUAUGGGGCCCCGCUGGUUAAAGGGGUUUUGUCCAAAGGAAGGGUCCGCUGCCCCUGGCACGGGGCUUGCUUCAACAUCGGCACUGGUGACAUUGAGGACUUUCCUGGCUUGGACAGCUUGCCCAGGUUCCAGGUGAAGAUCGAGAAGGAGAAGGUGUACAUCCGAGCGAGCAAGCAGGCUCUUCAGACACAGAGGAGGACAAAGAUGAUGGCAAAGUGCAUCUCCUUGAGCAACUACAACCUGAGCAGUACCAAUGUGCUGAUCAUCGGUGCAGGUGCAGCUGGGUUAGUCUGUGCAGAGACCUUGCGCCAGGAAGGUUUCUCAGACAGGAUUGUAAUGUGCACGAUGGACAGACACUUGCCCUACGACAGACCAAAGCUCAGCAAGUCGAUGGAUUCCCACCCAGAGCAGAUCGCCCUGCGCCCCAAGGAGUUCUUCCGCACGUAUGACAUCGAAGUCCUGACCGAAAUGCAGGCUGCGGCUGUGGAUGUCAAGAACAAGACGGCUGUGUUCAAGGACGGAUUUAAGAUGGAAUAUAACAAACUGCUGAUAGCGACUGGAAACACGCCCAAAGCUCUCAGCUGUAAGGGCAAGGAAGUGGAAAACGUUUUCAACAUCCGGACGCCGGAAGAUGCGAACCGUGUGGUGAAGCUGGCCACCAGCAAGAACGUGGUUAUAGUGGGCGCUUCCUUCCUUGGGAUGGAGGUGGCUGCCUACCUUGCGGAGAGAGCCCACUCGGUGUCCCUGGUGGAGCUGGAGGAGGUCCCAUUCAAGAAGUUCUUUGGGGAGAGGGUUGGCCGCGCUGUCAUGAAGAUGUUUGAGAGCCACAGGGUGAAGUUCUACAUGCAGACCGAGGUGUCGGAGCUCCGGGAGCAGGAUGGCAAGCUGAAGGAGGUGGUGCUGAAGAGUGGGAAGGUGUUGCGUGCGGACGUUUGUGUCGUUGGUAUCGGUGCAGUGCCAGCAACAGGAUUUCUCAAGCAGAGUGGCAUCAACAUUGACUCCAAAGGCUUCAUCGUGGUCAACAAGAUGAUGCAGACCAACAUACCUGGAGUGUUUGCAGCUGGUGACGCCGUCACGUUCCCACUGGCCCUGAGGAACAACAAGAAAGUGAACGUCCCCCACUGGCAGAUGGCCCAUAUGCACGGCCGUAUUGCGGCACUGAAUAUGCUGGCCCACGGCAUGGAGAUCAGCACGGUCCCCUAUCUGUGGACUGCGAUGUUUGGGAAAAGCAUUCGAUACGCAGGCCAUGGGGAAGGAUUUGAUGAUGUCGUCAUUCAAGGGGACUUGGAUGAACUGAAGUUUGUUGCAUUUUAUACCAAGAGGGGCCCCAGGAGAUGGCUUUGGUGUGGCAGGACGGCACCGUGCGCCGAGAGCUGGAGGAGCGACGAGGUGGUGGCCGUGGCCAGCAUGAACUACGACCCCAUCGUCUCCAAAGUGGCCGAGGUCCUGGCUGCCGGCAGGGCCAUCCGAAAGCGCGACGUGGAAACUGGAGAUAUGUCCUGGCUAACGGGGAAAGGCUCCUAACGCAGACGUGGCUCCUGACGCUGCGCUCGCCUCGAGGAGAUGGGGACGGCCGCAGCUCCACGGCACGAUGCGAAUAAUGCACCCGAGUCAUUUUCCCUUGAGACUUGGCCGAACCCAGCCUCUUUCACCGAGCAGUCCCCUUCCCGGCAGCUCUCUGUGCAUGCGAACCGCCGCCGGCUCUCCUGGUCCCGCAGCCACCGGCCGUGGGGUCAGCGGGUGGAAUUCCCACUGGGAAGUCAGGAAAACAGACCCUGGGGGAGCGGGCUUGGCACCAGCGUGGCUGGCAGGGAGCUGCAGACUGCUGACACGGGUGCCCGGGUGCUGCUGGGUGCCGCAUCCGCCCUCUCCAAGCGGCACAACGAGAGCCCCAAGCGCAUCCCUUCACCCUGUGAACAGCACGAGUGCCUUUCGUCGCUCUCUGUGGCCAGCACAUGCUCUCAAGCACAUUGCCCCUUCCCAAAUCCUCUUUCCUCCCCACGGAGCCCAGCGUCCACACCCUCCCCUUAAUGGUUAUUGAAGGACUGACAUUGCUGCUGAUGCGUUACUCGAGGAAGAAGAGCUGGAGGGGUAUUUCUGGCUGUCCUCUGCCCUUUGUCACUUAUUCUUCCUGUCGCCUGGUGACAGGGCUACAUUUCUCUUCUCAGCUGGCAAUGUCAGUGCUCUGUGGCCAUGCUUUCUGCCCCUGGCUGGCAGAAGGGCCCCGGAUCUUGCUCAGGAGGGGAGGUGCCCAGUCCAGCUUUCCAGUGCUGUCCUUUGGGAGCUUUGUUGCCCGUCUCUCAGUGUGUUACCUUCAGCCCAAAGCCAGAGAAUUGCUAUUUUCAGUUUGAUUCACCCCCUAUGAAUGAAAGCAGCGCUCCUGUUGUAAUCUAGACCCUUUCUGCUUCCUUCCAACCUCAGCAGGUUGGCCAGAUGGUGCCUGCACCUCCUCUGUGCAGGGUUCCCUUGGUGUCCCACAUCCUGCUUAUCUUUAUUUCCAGACUUUCAGAUCUUUACUCAGAUAGCAACAUCCCCAUCAUCUGUCACACCUCUGCUUGGUCCCUUCUGCUUUCACUGCCAGGCUUUUCCCAGGCCGUGUGACCAGUGAUGGCGGUAGGCAGGGAUGUGGGCACAGUGCCUGGUUGCUGCUCCAGAUCCAUGUGUCCCAUGGGCAGAUGUGGCUUUGCAUCACGCAUCUUGCUGCUGGGGCGGUCAGAUGCCAUCCAGCAGCAGUGGGAUCACUGACCUGAUAUUGCUCUGCUCCUUUCCCAGCGUGUGCCCUGGCAGCAGCCCCAGCAGCACCGUGUGCUCCCCAGCAGAGCCUGGCUCAGCUUUUCCAAAGCUCCCACCCUCCUGCUCACCCAAAGCCACCAUCCUCUGAAGUCCUCCCAGGCAGAUUUGCAGUGUGUUGUGCUUUUCAGAAAAAGCAUGUCCUGUCCAGACAUGGCCAAAUAGACCAGCAGGGCCUCAUGGGCCUCUCUGCUGGCCCUUCCUUAGUGCACUGUCCUUAUCUAGUAACAGACCAACACUCACAGCAUGCUGUAUUUAUUCCAUACCUUGUUACAUUGCCUGGGAUAUCCAUGUAGCACAAGGCUUUUCCCCCAAAAAGAGCCCUUGGUGGGCUUCAGCCAGGUGCACACUGAUCUCAUAGUGCUCCCUCCUCCUUCCUGGCAGCCUGCAGCGAUGUGCUCCACAGCUUCGAUUUAGCUUUACCAAGUAGAAGAAUCCUUUUUAUUUGGUUUCUCGUGUCCCUUGCCAGGGCCUGGCCCUUAAGGACCGCUUUGCAACAGCCUCAAUAUCUGCAGCAGCCAGACCAGGCACCUUCUGGGAUGGGGCGAAGGCUGAAGAUCACGAGGAGAACCAUUGGGUAGGACCAACAGUGAAGGACUCAAUGCCCCGUCCUUGCUAAGGGAUGCUGCAGUGAGCGGCUGUGCAGGAACCCACGCCUCCCCAAUGGGGACCAACUGCUCCAGUGAGAGUAAAAGGCUCCAUGGGUCGGGGGACUUUGGGACUUGUUUCUGGCAAUGUCACCUCGACGCCAGCGUGGAGAUGGUGGGGCACCUCUGCUGCAGUGCCCUUCUGCGAGGGGAAUGGUCUCAGGGGAUGGGACACAUCCACAUCCAUCAGGGAAUUUGAAGCAAUAAUGAUGCUGAUCCAAUGCAGCGGGGAGAGGGUGCAGUGGGGCAGCGUGCUGCACGGAGGGGACGUCCCCAUGGCGGUGACAGAGGGACAGCCACCCCCUGCUGCUGCCCCACUGCAGGGGAUGCUCUGUACCCUUGGGCUCAGUGCCUGGGAGCUCUCGCUGUGGCAAUAAAGGCCCUUCCCCAGCGGCUGCGUCCCAUGGGAGCCAAUGGCCGCCUGGCCCCACGCAUUACUCCGAGCCGUCACCGCGUUAAUUCCCCUCCUGCUAAUCCCAGCUGAGCUGCCAGCCAUGGCCGCGCACACGCCGCUGCCUCCCAACCUGCGCUGGGGGCUGACGGCCUUCAGCGGUGUCCUCUUCACCACCAACAAGACAUGGGACAGCGGCACCGCUCACCUCUACCGCCCAGGUACCCCCGGGGGGGUUCACUGCUGCGCCCACACUGCAGGCAGAGAUGGGUCCCUGCACCCCCAGCAAUGGGGGGCAGCGAACAUCAGUGCUGUUGCAGUGGGCUGCGAGGCAGGGGAGGGAUGCUGGGGGUACCUGGGGUCCUGCCCAGCCCUGCUUUGCCCUGCCCAGCGCACGAGGUGCUGGCCAGCCUGCCCCUCCAGAUGAUGCUCUACUUCAACGCCCACUACUUCCCCUGCUGGUGCCUGGCCGAGGGCAUGAUGCUGCAGCUGAAGGUACCCUCAGCUUUCCAGGCAGGGAAUGUUACACGGGGAGGGCAGAGUGGGCAGGGCUGGGGACCAGCGUGGAACUGGGAGGGACGAGGCUGUGCCCCGUUACAGUACAACCUGCUGCCUCGCUACUACCAGCUCCUCCUGCUCGCUGCCUUCCUCAUCCUCACACUGGCUGAAGCAGCUCGGCUCUACCUGGGCUACAUUGGGAACCUGCAGGAGAAGGUAAGGGCUGGCCCUCUGCUCCGUGCUGGAAGUCCCCUUCGCCCAGGGUCUGAGAGCCCAAUACCCCCCUUCCUCCUUGAGUGCCAAUCCAGGGUGCUCCUGGGGGUUCAGCCCCUGCAGAGGCGCCCCCCCACGUACCAGGGGUGCCCAUACAUCCUCAUCAGCCUCUGCCCACGCAGGUGCCCGAGCUUGCUGGGUUCCUUCUCCUUUCCAUCCUCAUCCAGCUGCCCCUCCUGCUGUUCCUGCUCACGGACCACCUCACCCUCCCCCUGCCGCUGGAGCUGGCCGUGCACAGCCUUCUCCUGGCCUUCCUCGUCUGUGAGGUGGUGGCCGCCUUCCUGGCGCUGCGGGCGAUGAGCAGGCAGCUGGCGGCUCAGUUCUACCUGCGGCAGUUCAAGGUGGGCAGCCGGGGUGAUGCUGCGGGACCCGACCCACCCCGCAGAGCCCAACAACAUUAAACAGCAGCUG